UCAUACUCGCAUCGUUCCCUCUCAACCAUUUCUAUCAAAGAUUGAAGAUUACGUUUUCCCAUCUCGUUAUCUCUGUCUGUCUCUAGUAGUUUCGGUGUUUUUUUGAUCAGAUUCUGUCCAUUGAAGGCUUUGAGAAAAAGCAAUUACUCCAUUUGUGUCGAUCUGUUCUGGUUGCUGCUUAACGAUUAGAACACAUGGCUGUGGAACAAGGUUUCUUUCAACCAGAAGCUCAAUUUGAAUAUGAUGGAGAUGUUUCAUUCAAGCAGAAGUGGGAUGCCAUCGACAGCUCGAAGGAAGUCUCAGGUAACAUUGGUGGCUGCUUUGAUUGCAACAUAUGCCUAGAAACGGCACACAACCCUGUUAUCACACUCUGUGGCCAUUUGUACUGCUGGCCUUGCAUUUACAAGUGGCUCCGAGUCCAAGGUUCAUCGCCUGAUGCCAACCAUCAGAAACAGGACUGCCCGAUCUGCAAGUCUAAUAUCGCUCUCAAUACGUUGGUGCCUCUCUAUGGCCGUGGUGCAUCCCCUUCUGAGUCUGAAACCAAGAAGCCUCAACUGGAUCUUGAUGUACCCCGCCCACCUCCUCCUGCCUUGAAUGCCUUGAUUACCUCAGCGUCACCUGCUUCCCUUAGAAGUCAACAAUUGAAUCCGCACUUUUUCCAGUCACAGACAUUAUACGGCCAUCAAUAUUUUCCCAACCCUUAUGGAGGUUCAACGAUGACAAGUCUAUUGAAUCCAACUAUUGUGAUGUUGGGAGAGCUGGUGUUUGAAAGGGUGUUUGGAAUGUCAGAUAUGAGGUUGUUUCCGUAUCCGAAUUCUUACACAAACCGUAGGAUGAGAAGGCAGGAAAUGCAGCUUGACAAGUCUCUCAGCAGAGUAUCAAUCUUCUUCUUUUGUUGCCUUAUCAUAUGUCUCCUCUCGUUUUGAUCAUAGUAUAUCUUAUAGGUCUACAAUUUAUAGUUGUAAAGAAAAGAAUUCACGAUUCAAGGCAAUUAUUGGAUCUUUGGCUGACGGGGUGGUUCUAAAGAAAUUUGCUGGACGUUCUUGGACGUGAGAGUUGAACUUUGAGCAUCUCUUGCAUUUGGCGCGGAUGUGAAUUGUACUUUUGAGAAUUGCGUAGCUGAUGGGAAUUGUACUUUGGAGAAUUGCGGAGCUCUUAAAUCUAAACAAAGGUAGAUUGCAAACAUAUUGUGAGAAAUUUUUUGUGAGUGAUCAUUGUUGGGGAUCUUUCAAUCUCUGAAAUUUCAGAAUAUACAUAAAUCUUCUUUUGGCAA